GACUGGUAUACUGAUACACCGUUCUGGCUGUUGUAGUGGUGGAUAUGAUGAGGCUCUGCUGGUUGCUGUUCCUGGUGGCUGCCAUGGCGACGCUGCAUCUCGCACUCGGCGUGCCUCCCUCUGCCCGUGAUCUUCGUCACUGCCCCACUUCCUGCGGGGACGUGAACAUCACAUAUCCCUUUGGCAUCGGCACCGGCUGCUUCCGGCCGGGCUUCGAGCUCAUCUGCAACACCACCACCAAGCCGCCCAAGCUCUUCUUCGGUAACACGACGGAGAUUUCUUAUCAAUAUCCAUACGGAUAUGUCAGGGCCUCUGUCGUCUUCAACAUCGCCACCACCCCAGGAUUGCUUGGCACCUAUAGCAGGUCAUGGCAGGCACCUGGGAGGGUCUUAAGCACCUACACGACCAAUUCUCUGGUGAUUGUCGGAUGCGGAAUCGACGUCUACUUGUUCCGCAGUCAUACCAAUAUAUUACAGGGGUAUUGCAGGAGUGAGUGCACCAACAUGGCGCUCAUGGACAAAAAGUUAUCAGGACGACCAUGCAAUGGCAUCGGUUGCUGCACCAUCGACUUGCCAGGUGGAGUCCGUGCCUUUCGGUUUAAUAUCACUCAGAGGGAAGAAACACAUUCGGUUGCACUUGGUAAUUCUACAAUUAAGGCCUUCUUAAGUGACAGCCAGUUCUACUUCAAUACGGCAGAUCUCCUGUCAGAGAAGAUAAACGCAAACACCAUCGGUGCUACAUCGUUAUUCUUUUCAGUUGCUAUUACAGAUCAACUCAAUUGCUCAACUGCUCAGUUGGGUUUGAAUAAGACAGAUUAUGCCUGCAGCGACGGUAGCACAUGCGUUGAUCAGAGAAACCAGCGCGGCUAUUCUUGUACCUGCCCUGCUGAUAGUUUCGAUUAUGACAAUCCCUACCUUCUCCACGGCUGCAAACAAGAGUACUACAUCUCCGCACGGAAAAAGCGGAACUGCUCCGAAUUUUGUGGCAGUACAAAUAUUCCUUUUCCCUUUGGUCUAGAACAAGGUUGUUCUGCUAAAAAGAAAUUUCAACUGAAUUGCACGUCGAAUCAAACGCUUAUCGGAAGACCACCCAUGCAAAUGGAAGUGACAAGUAUUUCGGUAGAUGAAGGACUAGUGUAUUUGGAUAGAGUUGAUGAAAAUACGACAGCACGGCACUUUACAGAUUACGAGGUUGACAGAUUACUGGAAAAUAUAUUCAUGGAUGACACUGACUUCAACUUGUCUAAAGUGUAUGGCGUUUGGAAAUGGUCAGUCAGCAAUAUAUCAUGUGAAACAGCGAAUAACAAUACUGCAUAUGCAUGCAUUAGUGACCACAGCGAGUGUGUUCCAGUUACUCAGAGCAAUGUCUAUUUUGGUUAUCGCUGCAAGUGCUCUCCUGGCUAUAAAGGGAAUCCUUACACCAGGCCGGGUUGUACAGAUAUCGACGAGUGCUCAAGACCUAACUUUUGUAAGGGGAUAUGCAAGAAUAGAGAAGGAAACUACAGUUGCACUGGUUGUCCCUACGGCACAUAUUUUGACCCUGUGGAAACGAAAUGCAUUCCAACUCAGCCUCAUGAGCGGCGGCAUAAUAUUGUGAUAGGGGUUGUUAUUGGACUAGUUGUUGGUACUGGAGUUCUAGCCCUUUCAUUAGUCCUAACUAUAUUACUGCGAAGGUGGAAGCGAGGUAUUCAAAAGAAAAUUCGAAGGGCAUACUUCCGAAAAAACAAAGGUCUUGUCCUGGAACGACUAAUAUCAUCAGAUGAAAGUGUGGCACAUAGUACAAAAAUAUUUUCUUUGGAGGAGUUAGAAAGAGCACCUGACCAUUUUAAUUCCACACGCAUUCUUGGAAGGGGAGGCCAUGGAAUAGUUUAUAAGGGUAUAUUAUCAGAUCAGCGUGUUGUAGCCAUAAAAAGGUCUAAAAUUGUAGAGCAAGGUGAGAUUGAUCAAUUUGUCAAUGAAGUGGCUAUCUUAUCCCAAAUCAUUCAUCGCAAUGUAGUUAAGCUUUUCGGUUGUUGUUUUGAAUCCGAGGUACCUUUGCUCGUGUAUGAGUUCAUCUCUAAUGGGACACUUUAUGACAUUCUACAUGGCGAUAUGAGCACUGAAUGCUCAUUGAAAUGGGAUGAUCGGGUUAGAAUUUCUCUAGAAACUGCAAGCGCCCUUGCUUAUCUCCAUUGUGCUGCUUCAAUUCCAAUAUUUCACAAAGAUGUCAAAUCUGCCAAUAUACUCUUAAAUGACAAUUUCACUACAAAGGUUUCCGAUUUUGGUGCUUCAAGGUCUAUUUCCAUUGAUGAAACCCAUGUUGUCACCAUUGUGCAAGGUACAUUUGGGUACUUGGAUCCCGAAUACUAUCACACAGGCCAGUUAACUGCAAAGAGUGAUGUCUAUAGUUUUGGUGUAAUACUAGUUGAGCUCCUAACAAGGAAGAAACCAAUCUUUCUCAAUUGCUCUGGUGAAAAGCAAAAUCUGUGUCAUUACUUCCUUCAAAGUUUACGGGAUAAGACAACAACUGAUAUGUUGGAUUCUCAGGUAGUUGAGGAAGGAAACCUAGGAGAAAUUGAUGAGUUUGUAUCACUUGCUGAGGCUUGCUUGAGACUUAGAGGGGAAGACAGACCGACCAUGAAAGAAGUGGAGUCAAGAUUACAGCUCCUAAGAGCCAAUAUUACAAAGAAGAUUCAAGAUGAGUCACAAAAGAACGUGGAAGCGAUGCAAUUGUUUCCUUCCGUUUAUGACUCUACUUCUUUCACUCAGAAUGUUGACAUCGGAAUGGAUGCUGAUUCAUUAACUCAGCUUGCCUCUACAUGCCAUACCAUGGAACAAGAACUUGUUUCCUUGACUCGUUAAACUAUUUAUUUUCUAGCAAUUUUUUUAAGCUAAGACAAUUAACAGUGUGGUUUGUGUAAAACAGUAAGGUUGAGAGGACGGAUAAGAAAGUUUCUAUUAGUGUUGGAUGAAAAAAAAAAACUCUGUCCUGGGAGGCUUGAGGGCUGUGUAUAAACACGUAAUAUGCUUUUAUACAUACACAUUGACCUGGUGUCUCUUCCCGUUAAACAUUUUUUUUA